GUUAAUAUGCUUAAUGGCGGCAAAACGUGUCCGAUAGGCGGAUAUUUUUUGAAGUAACCGUAUUUCGAAUGAAUGAAAAACUCCGUAUAAUCGCGUAAACAUAAUCAGUAGUUAGUAGAUAAGAAAUCAACACGUCGAUUAUUGUCACGCACCCGGUAAACAUGUGGUCCAGUGAAAUUAGUUUUUCUGGCAUACUUUUUUUGAUCUUAUGCCUUCAUAAAUGCUGGGCAUCUCAUUUUGGAGAAGAUGAAGCUUGCUACUCGUUCGCAGGUGGUACUGUUUAUCCUACUGGCACAAAACAUGUAGGACACCAGCUGCAAACGACAAAAGCUGUUAUUGGAAAGCAGGCACCACAUUGGGAAGGUACUGCUGUUAUAAAUGGAGAGUUCAAGGAUAUCAAGUUGGCUAAUUUUAGGGGAAAAUAUUUAGUAUUUUUCUUUUACCCUCUUGACUUCACAUUCGUGUGUCCGACUGAAAUCCUUGCAUUUUCUGAUCGUGUGGAAGAAUUCAGAAAGCUCAAUGUCGAAGUAGUUGCAGCUUCAGUCGAUUCCCACUUCACACACUUAGCCUGGAUUAAUACUCCAAGGAAAGAAGGAGGACUUGAGAAGAUCAAGAUCCCUCUGCUGUCUGACCUUACACACAAAAUAUCUAAGGAUUAUGGUGUAUAUCUGGAAGAUCUGGGUCAUACCUUACGUGCUUUGUUUAUCAUUGAUGGAAAAGGAAUCUUACGUCAAAUUACAAUGAAUGAUUUACCCGUUGGUCGAUCUGUUGAUGAGACUCUUCGAUUAGUACAAGCUUUCAAAUAUACAGAUGAACAUGGAGAAGUUUGUCCGGCUGGAUGGAAGCCAGGACAAGAUACAAUCAUUCCAAAUCCAGUGGAUAAAAAGAAAUUCUUCGCGAAGAACCAAGUGUGAUAUUUUCUUAUUUUUUUAUCCGCCCUUUUUACAUUUACGUACAUGAAUGAGGUUCGCCAUUAAAAAUAAAAUCUCUUAACAUAUUGUGUACAACCUA